GGGGGGCUGGUGAUGGCGGCUGAAGGCGGCAGGCAGAGGUGUGGGGGGAAGGCCACUUAGUGCCCUGAUGGAGAGGGGCAGCUGCUCUGCUCCAGGGGACCCGGGGCACUUGGGGCUUUUCCUGCAGAGGCUCCGCCAGGUGUUCGAUGCCUGCGAUGGGGAUGCCGACGGAUUUAUCAAGGUGGAGCAUUUCGUAGCUCUCGGCUUACAAUUUGCUCAAGGAGAUGAGGUGAAGAAACUGGCUAAACGAUUGGACCCGAAUGCCCAGGGAAGAAUCGGCUUUAAGGAUUUUUGCCACGGGGUACUGGCAAUGAAAGGCUGUGACAAGUUCGUGAAAGGGAUCCUUGGGGUUACCGGCACUGCACCCCAACAUUAUGAGGCGCCAUAUACACCAUACUAUUACCAGAGUCCUGAGACCAUAGAGGGGCCCUUCCUGGACACCGAGAGCUCAUACAGUGACUCCGAGUUCUUUGCAUAUGAGGAUGGUCUCACCCUGUCUCACAGAGAUGCCCAACAUGAAUCGGACUUGGACAGCGCCAUGUACAGUACCCCAAGCUCAGAAGCAUCUGACGAGGGCAGGAAUGAAGACAAAGCAGGAGGCCUUGGCAGCCUCUAUCUCCCCGGGGAGCAGAAUCUUCUCAAGCCGUCCGCUGGCUCAGGUUUCUCAACUCAUUCCACCGCCUCGUUAAUCAGCAACGAGGAGCAGUUUGAGGACUAUGGAGAAGGAGAAGACAUUGACUACAGUCCCGGCAGCCCAUGUCCUGAUGAUGAGAGCAGAACCAACGCACUCUCUGACCUGGGCUCCUCUGUUCCUUCCAGUGCCGGACAGACGCCCAGGAAAGCGAGACUCAUGUACAACACUGACUUACUGGACAUUUAUUGCACUCAGUGCAGCAAAAAGAUCACUCUGCUCAACGACCUGGAGGCUCGACUGAAGAACCUGAAGGCCAACAGCCCCAACAGGAAGAUUUCCAGCACGGCAUUUGGGAGGCAACUGUUGCACAACAGCAACCUGAGCAGCAGCAACGGCAGCACCGAGGAUCUGUUCAGGGACAGUAUUGACUCGUGCGAAAAUGACAUUACUGAGAAGGUGAGUUUCCUAGAGAAGAAAGUGACAGAACUGGAAAAUGAUAACUUGACUAACGGGGACGUGAAGAACAAACUGAAGCACGAGAACAUCCACCUGGUACAUCGGGUCCAUGAACUGGAAGAGUUUCUGAGGGAUCAGGAGACCAAGUCUGAGCAGGUGUUGGAUGAGGAGAGCAAACGCCACAGAGAGACCUACAGUAAGCUGGCGAGGGAGAAAGGCACCGAGAUUGAGCUGCUGAGUGCCAGGGUUCAAGAGCUGCAGGAAGAAAAUGAAGACUUACUGACGUCCCUGACCCGACUGAAGUCCCACACAGUGAGAAUCGAUGAGGAGCGGCAGAGAGUGUGGGACAAGUUGGAAGACACGAGCCUGAGGCUGAAGGACGAGACAGAUUUAUAUAAGAGACUGAUGGACAAACUGAGGCAGAACCGGCUGCAUUUCCAGAAGGAGAGAGAAGCCACCCAGGAGCUCAUAGAAGAUCUGAGACGGGAACUGGAUCACUUACAGAUCUACAAACUGGAAUGUGAGAGAUCCGGCCGGGGCCCCCCCUCUGGCCUCACUGAGCUCAAUGUAAAGAGCAGAGAGGUGGAACUGGAGCAGGAGAUCCGGCGGCUAAAGCAGGAUAACCAGAAACUCCGGGACCAGAACGAUGACCUGAACGGGCAAAUCCUCAGCCUCAGCCUCUAUGAAGCAAAAAGUCUUUUUUCAACCCAGACCAAGGCUCAGUCUCUGGCUGCUGAAAUAGACUCCGCCUCAAAGGAUGAGCUUAUGGAGGCCCUGAAGGAACAGGAGGAGAUUAAUUACCGCUUGCGGCAGUACAUGGAUAAGAUCAUCUUGGCCAUCCUGGACCAUAACCCUUCCAUAUUGGAAAUAAAGAACUAAGCGACUGUGGGGGAAGGAAGACUGGUACCGUCGCCCAUAUAAAUAGUUUUAUAUAUUUAUAAUCUCAGUGUCCCAGUGAAUAUCUGUGGCUUUGGCGCAUUAACCCUUGUGCCACCCUCACGUUUCUGUUGCACUGUGGGAAGUCACUGUCGUCCAUGUCGCUGCUGUUCCCUGUGAGGCCGCGAUGUGAGGGUCCAUUCUACGCGGAUACAAAGUGCAUUAUGGGCCGUGGUGGCAACAUUCCUCCCCAUCACAUGGAAUGUCAUACAUGUCAUACACCCACACCCACCCAUACCCACCCAUUCAUACCCAUACACACCCACACACCCACACACACCCGUUCAUACCCAUACAUACCCGUACAUACCCACACACACCCGUACAUACCCACACACACCCGUACAUACCCAUACACACCCAUACACACCCACACACACCCGUACAUACCCACACACACCCACACACACCCACACACACCCGUACAUACCCACACACACCCGUACAUACCCACACACACCCGUACAUACCCACACACACCCACACACACCCGUACAUACCCACACACACCCGUACAUACCCACACACACCCACACACACCCGUACAUACCCACACACACCCACACACACCCAUACAUACCCACACACACCCGUACAUACCCACACACACCCGUACAUACCCACACACACCCGUACAUACCCACACACACCCACACACACCCGUACAUACCCACACACACCCGUACAUACCCACACACACCCGUACAUACCCACACACACCCGUACAUACCCACACACACCCGUACAUACCCACACACACCCGUACAUACCCACACACACCCGUACAUACCCACACACACCCGUACAUACCCACACACACCCGUACAUACCCACACACACCCGUUCAUACCUGUGACAUAACAAGUUGGAGGGAAAACAUGAAACAUUGUGGUUAUGCUGAAAUGUACCCCCUGCCCCCUCCUACCUGUUGUAGCAAAUGCAUUGUGUAGGUUAAUCUCAUCUAAUUGUGAAUUGUGUGUAGCCAGCCGGCUCUGUCUGGCCCUUCUAAUGUAAUUGCCCCUUCCAAUGUAAUUGCCCCUAUUGUGAGGGCACACAAAGCCACACCCUGUAACACAAUACACAUAGUUACCCCUUGUGAGAGCAGUGCUCUGUCUGGUAAAUACAAUAGACUGAACUGGGCAUGCUCACUAGGUAGCAUCCCAUAGGCCCAGUGGGAUUGGCCCCUCUGGAAGCUGCCUUUGGGUUGGCAGAAGGAAUCAAACCCUGUUUUGAUUUUACGACAGGGGCUGCUCCCUUUCUGGCUACAAAGGUGGCUGCCAAGAGUUCCAAGGAGCCUUUUGUCUGGGGUGUAACCUUAGCUACGGCAGGACAACCUCCCCUGUGUUCCCCUGGAACCUACCCCAGCUGGGGCAAGAAGAUUCCCCACAACCGUGUGUAUUUCCCUAUUCCCUACGGAAGGACUGUUCCCCUGGAAUCUACCCUAGCUGGGGCAAGAAGAUUCCUACCAACUGUGUGUAUUUCCCUAUUCCCUACGGAAGGACUGUUCCCCUGGAACCUACCCUAGCUGGGGCAAGAAGAUUCCCCCCAGCUGUGUGUAUUCCCCUAUUCCCUACGGAAGGACUGUUCCCCUGGAAUCAAGGAACAAGAGUGCAGGCUGGCUACCACCUACUGGCUUAUGGGAACAUGCUGAUGGCUACUUGCCAUUUCUCCAAUAAAUGCCUCAUCCUGUGAUACCAACUGUUUGCUCUUUGGGUCCUGCCCUAUGUCUGGGAACUCACGGCCCUGAGGUUGUGACAUAAUUUGGUGGCAGCGGUGGGAUAGGAUCCCAGGACCCAAAAGGCACCAUGAGCACCCCACCUGGAUUCUACGCUGACCCAUUGGAUCUCUUCGCUCGCAUGGAUUACUCCUGGACUCCAGAGAUCCCUACUGAUCCCAGAGAGAGGACCCUGUUCUGGCUGAGAUGUGAGUCACUGGGACUAUCUGGGGAUGAGGGCCUGGCAUAUGGAGUAGGGCAGUUAGUGGCAGGAGAGGCAGACCUGGAGGAUGGGUACUAUGUUCUGCAGCGCACCAUGCACCAACCAGGUGGGAGAUAUUGGCACAGUCCCUAUACAGUGCUCCCGCUUCCCUGUAGCUUGGCGGAAUGGCACGGCCAAUGGGAGAGGCUGAAUUUCUGUGACUAUAGCACCUUUGUGGGUAACCCAGAGGGGGAAUUCCAUACCCUCUAUGCACAGCGCUUCUUUUAUAUAGGAAUGAAUGAUACAGAGGAACGGAGGGACUGGCUUGCUGACCUGGUGUAUCAGGAACUGGAAUUGAUAAAAGAGUAUGGGAGUAUCCAGGAAUUGGAAAACCAACGCAAGGAAGCACUGAGGGUAUGUGCACCAUCUUUUUGUGGUUUUCAGCAGGCACAGCCAUGUCUUGGUACUGUAGGUCCAAAACAAAAAGAUCCCAAACAACUUGUUAUGUCACAAUACCCACACACACCCGUACAUACCCACACACACCCGUACAUACCCACACACACCCGUACAUACCCACACACACCCGUUCAUACCCAUUGUCAAGAUCUCCCUGAGGAGACGCCAUGGAGUACCAGGAUGUUGGGAGCCUGAAGACUGCGUAACCCAGAGUGUAACCAUAGAUCACAGAACUGGUGUCAGAGGCCAUGAUGAUUAGUGAAAAGAACUUUAAUGAACGUAGAAGUAGGAACAGUGCACACAAUGGAUACUCACACUUGAAUAGUAGAAACAGCAGGGAGAGACAGAAUCCAAUUCAGGCAAAAGGUCAGGGCUGGCAGCAAACAAGCGAAGUCGAGGACAGGCCAAGGUCAGAACCGGGGAAUCAGAACCGAACAAGGAAGGGCACCAGAGAACAGGCCAAGGUCAGAACCGGGGAAUCAGAACCAAACAAGGAAGGGCACCAGAGAACAGGGCAAGGGCAGAACCGGGGAAUCAGAACCAAACAAGGAAGGGCACCAGAGAACAGGGCAAGGGCAGAACCGGGGAAUCAGAACCAAACAAGGAAGGGCACCAGAGAACAGGGCAAGGGCAGAACCGGGGAAUCAGAACCAAACAAGGAAGGGCACCAGAGAACAGGGCAAGGGCAGAACCGGGGAAUCAGAACCAAACAAGGAAGGGCACCAGAGAACAGGGCAAGGGCAGAACUGGGGAAUCAGAACCGAACAAGGAAGGGCACCAGAGAAAAGGGCAGAACCGGGGAAUCAGAACCGAACAAGGAAGGGCACCAGAGAACAGGGCAAGGGCAGAACCGGGGAAUCAGAACCGAACAAGGAAGGGCACCAGAGAACAGGGCAAGGGCAGAACCGGGGAAUCAGAACCGAACAAGGAAGGGCACCAGAGAACAGGGCAAGGGCAGAACCGGGGAAUCAGAACCGAACAAGGAAGGGCACCAGAGAACAGGCCAAGGGUCAGAACCGGGGAAUCAGAACCGAACAAGGAAGGGCACCAGAGAACAGGGGCAAGGGCAGAACCGGGGAAUCAAGAACCAAACAAGGAAGGGCACCAAGAGAACAGGGCAAGGCAGAACCGGGGAAUCAGAACCAAACAAGGAAAGGGCACCAGAGAACAGGGCAAGGGCAGAACCGGGGAAUCAGAACCAAACAAGGAAGGGCACCAGAGAACAGGGCAAAGGGCAGAACCGGGGAAUCAGAACCAAACAAGGAAGGGCACCAGAGAACAGGGCAAGGGCAGAACUGGGGAAUCAGAACCGAACAAGGAAGGGCACCAGAGAAAAGGGCAGAACCGGGAAUCAGAACCGAACAAGGAAGGGCACCAGAGAACAGGGCAAGGGCAGAACCGGGGAAUCAGAACCGAACAAGGAAGGGCACCAGAGAACAGGGCAAGGGCAGAACCGGGGAAUCAGAACCGAACAAGGAAGGGCACCA